CUCCAAUGGCAAUGAUGGUAUUCAAUACCAAUGUAACAAGAUCAAUGUAGUGCAACAUUGAAUGGAAUGGUGAUGAUGGAUUUGAAGUGUUAGAAGGGGUAUCCAAGCAUACUGUGAACUUGGGUCAACAGAAAUGUAGUUGCAGAUCUUGGGAAUUAAAAGGUAUCCCAUGUGUACAUGGUAUAGCAGCAAUGAACCACUUGAACAUGGAUGCAUCACAAGCAAUUUCAAACUGGUAUAGAAAAGAGACAUAUCUGAAGACAUAUUCGCAUUUCAUUUAACCAGUCCCAAACAUGGAAAUGUGGCCUGAAAGCAGAAACUCAAUGGUUGAACCACCUGAGGCAAGGCAAAUGCCUGGUAGGCCACCAAAGAAUAGAAGAAGAGAAAUUGGUGAAGUGAGAAAAACUGGGAAGUUGCCAAGAAUGGGGACAAUAAUGACACGUUCAAUUUGCAAAGGAGCAAAUCAUAACAAGAGAAAUUGUCCAAAAAAUCCUAAACCUAAGUCUACACCAACACCCACUCAAGAGUCCACCACUGGAAAAAAGAGGGGUAGAGGUCAAUAUGAAAGAGCAAACAGCAGCAAGACUGGUACAAGAAGAGGUGCAGGAAGUGGUUACAAGAAGAGGCCUAAAGUGGUUGGACAAGUUGUAUUUGUUGCUGAUACUGGAUAUACAUAUAUUAAUCAAGGAUUGUCUAGCAAUAGGAGGGUUAAUACUGGUGUGGUGAGGUCUGCGCAUGUGACAGGUGAUAUUGAUUUAAAACCUACCAAGGGACUGAAGUGGAAAGGCAAACAGGCCAUGACUCAAAGAGAACUUCAAGUCCAAAGUGUUAUGCAUCAUAUUCAAACCAGAUCAAAAGUUGUUGGAAUUCAAACAAGGGCACAAGCCAAGGGAGAAUCACCCUUAAAGAAAACUUCUUAG